AUGGAUAAAAAAACAGUUCAGAAACGGGCUCGGAUCACGGAAGUAUGCUCCAGCCCUUCACCACCGACGGAACAGCAGUCUGAUUCCAAAACUCCUGUGCCGACUCCUCCACUAACAACGCCACCCCCUCGUUCACCAUCCGACCACGAGCUCAACGUUGAAGAAGAAUUGGACGAAACGGAACCCUCACUCACUCCCGAAAAUCUUUCCAUGAAAGAACAAAGAGAAGAAUUACCAAUCAAAAAAGAAGAAGAAGAAAAAUCAUGGGAAAAUUCUGAAUUCAAAUAUAAAAUGUUCAGACGAGAGAGAAAGGAGACUGUGGAAACUGUGACAGAAGAUCCUUCUCCGUAUCAAAAAUCUCCAGUCGAUGUCCUGAUAAAAGUGUUUCCCAGACGCAGUCGAGUCGAAAUUGAGGGGAUCUUAAACAGAUGCAAGGGUGACGUGGUAGCGGCCAUGGAAAUGAUGAUCAACGGAGAGAACUCCACCCCGUACCAAAUGACCCAAGAAUCUCCCCCCUACAUGCAAAAUUAUCAGUCGAAAUCGGCUUUUUCUCCGCUUUCCAAUCAGAGCUUUAAGUUCUCCCCGUCUCGAAGAUUCCUGACUCCACCGUACAGUGGUACGGGGUACCUGCCUACAGUUAUUCGGCCACCUCCUGAAUACUUGUCCUCGUUCAUGCCUCCUUCGGAACUCAUGUACGGAAGACAGUUGCAAGUUCCUUCACCAGGAACUUCUCCUACAUCUGAUAAUACGAAUAAUGAUGGUUUUUCUGAUUAA